ACUCAUUUUUCCAAGAGAGGAGAGGACAGAGUGAUCUGUCCACGCCUCCAAGCGCCAAUGGCCGCCUCCGUCUUUGCAUCUCUCCCCUCCUCAGUGGCGUCGGUUCCUAAGCCCAAGCCAUCCUCUCGGAGACUGCCGACUUCAAUGGCUCUCGCAUCUGGAACGGAGCCAGCUGCCUUCGGCAUCUCGAGUGAGCUGAAGACCCGAACGAAGCUUACGGAGGGAGGGAAGCCGUUGCCGCCACCUACCCUGCAGCAGGACGGAAAGGUUUUCGAUGAGACAGUGGUAGAGCCGCGCGGGCUGUCGGACUUCAUCGAACAGUCGAGGGAGCUUGUCCGGCACGACGGCGGUCCGCCGCGGUGGAUUACGCCUCUCGACUGCAGUGGUCCCCGCCAUACCAACUUGCCCUCGCUUUUUUACCUUCCUGGGAUUGAUGGAGUUGGAAUGGGGCUCGUUCGACACCAUCAGAGACUGGGGAAGAUAUUCAAUGUCUGGUGUCUUCACAUUCCGGUUAUGGAUCGAACUCCAUUUAAGGGGCUCGUGGAAUACGUUGAAAGCACAAUCAAAUCAGGAAGUCACUGCUUGCCAAACAUGCCUGUAUAUCUUGUUGGUGAAUCUCUUGGUGCAUGCAUUGCUCUUGCCGUGGCGGCUCGCAACCCUAACAUUGAUUUUGUAUUAAUUCUAGCUAAUUCAGCAACAUGUUUCUCGAAAUCUAAUAUACAAUAUCUCUCAAGCUUCUUGGAUGUUAUUCCUGAACCAAUGCACAUUGGCAUCCCAUACUUCCUUGAUUUGCUAACAGGUGAGAACCUGAGAAUGUCUUCAACUUUUGCGGUGGAUCAAAUUUCUAUUACACAAGUUUUCAGUGGAUUUUUUGAGAACCUCAAUAAGAUGCUUCCUUCACUUUUUUUCCUUGCUGAAAUUCUUCCAAAAGAAUCACUUCAAUGGAAAUUACAAUUGCUUAAAUCUGCAUCCUCUUAUGUGGAUCCUCGGCUGCACACUGUAAAAGCUCAGACUCUAUUACUUGCCAGUGGAAAGGAUCAAUUGUUUCCCAGCUCUGAAGAAGCCAGAAGGCUUUGCAAAAUAUUGCCCAAAUGCAGAGUACGCUAUUUCAACAAUAGCAGCCACAAUCUUUUCCUGGAAGAAAGUUUCGAUAUAGUAAAUGUUAUGAAGGGUUCUUGCUAUUAUCGUCGAUCAAGCUAUAAAGAUUAUGUCUCAGAUUACCUUCCACCAACGCCUUAUGAGUUCCAGAAGAUAAGUGAACAAUACAGAUGGAUUAACAUAGCUGCCAGUCCAGUGAUGCUGUCAACUUUAGAAAGUGGACAAAUAGUAAAGGGUCUUGCAGGGAUUCCUUCAGAGGGGCCAGUUCUUCUUGUUGGAUACCACAUGCUUAUGGGUUUUGAAGCUGGCCCACUCGUCAUCAGGUUCUUAAAUGAAAAGAAUAUACAUCUUCGUGCAGUAGGUCAUCCCUUUUUGUUUAAUAGAGAUUCGGAAAUGUUAAUGUUAGAUUCAUCAACAUAUGAUGGUAUGAGAACUAUGGGUGUAGUGCCAGUCUCUGGAACUACUUUGUACAAGCUUCUUUCAAGGAAAUCAUUUGUCCUACUGUAUCCCGGGGGUGCUCGUGAAGCUCUCCACAAGAAGGUGCUGAUUGAUUAUAAUGAUCUCAGAAAAAUUCCCUUCUAUGACCUCUUAGACAAAAGGCUAAAUCAGAAGGAUUUCAGAGUGAGGGCCAAUUCUGCUGAAGAGGUUGGAAAUCAAGAACUUCACCUGCCUGGAUUGUUGCCUAAGAUCCCGGGGAGGUUUUAUUACUUAUUUGGGAAACCAAUUGAAACAAAAGGACUCAAGAAAGUAUCUCUAGAUAGAGGGGAAGCCCAAAAAAUAUAUUUGCAUGUCAAAUCCCAAGUUGAAAACUGCAUUUCCUAUCUGAAGGAGAAGAGAGAGCAAGACCCAUUCAGGAAUUUGUUGCCAAGACUUCUUUACCAGGUCUCUCGAGGAUUCACAGAAGAAGCUCCCACGUUUGAACUCUGAUUAUGAGCAGCAACUUCUGUUUUUUUCUUUUCAUGGAAGUUUUGGCUCAGACAACAGGUAUGUUAUGAUUUUUAGAACAAUUAUUGCCUUCAGCACUACAGGCCAUAACAUUCAUUACUGAGGAUACAUGAAAAUAAAUAAAAAUGUUAUUUUUUCUAUGCUUUAUUUAGCAGUUGUACUCAAUAAUGAAACUUGCUGUGAUAAAUUUGUGGAACAAGAAGUAUGUUAUAUCUGGAAAAGGCAUCUGUUCUUGUGUUCAAAGCCAACUUACAGGUGUGAGUGUUUGGAAGGAAAUGCUGUAAAUCAUUUGCAUGAAGUAAAUCAUUUGGAUGUUUAACAUUUUAAUGUUACAUAUUUACAGAUAAUAUCAAAAUGUCAAAAUGGUUUUAUUCA